AAAAUGUAAACAUUGGUUUUGUUAUCUUCUGUGAAGUUGGUUAAUUUAUACAAUGUGUGGUUUAUGUAUUAAACCAAAAGUGGAUAGUUUAUAAUUUCAAGUUAAUAUGUCGCUUGCUUUUAUCUAUUUAAUAGUUCGAACACCACUUUUAUUAGCAAAUAAACUAUUGCUCCAAGUUACAAAUUGAAAUUUAAUUUUAAAUGUGAUACAUAACCAUUGACGUACUUAAUAGAAGGUGCAAUAUGACUACCAAAAUAUUUUUAAAUUCAAGAUGUUCAUUAACUUCAGUAGCCAAGCCAAGUUUUUUCAAUGUGAUUAUUUCAGGUGGGGGGUUAAUUGGUCAAACAAUGGCUUGUGCCCUCGCUAAGAAUCCAGUAUUUAAAAAUACAAACAUUUUGUUAAUAGAAAGUUCAUCUAAAAAAGAUUAUGCUCAGAAGGAUAGUUAUUCAAAUAGAGUAUCAUCAAUAGCCCCAACCACAAUAGAGUUUUUCGAGAAAUUAGGAAUAUGGAAAAACAUCAAGAGAUAUCAAGUAAUGAAAGAUAUGAAAGUAUGGGGGUAUCUUUCUAAGGAUUACAUCAACUUUGAGCAUGAUAGUAAUAAUCCAGCUUAUAUUGUCGAAAAUGAUGAAAUCAUCAACGCUGCUGUGAUGGAGAACACAAAAGCAUCAAAUGUAAAAAUACUAUAUGGUUCUACAAUAAAAGAUGUUACUUUAAAUGUUGGGAAGCGAGGUAGAAAUCAUCAAAUAAAACUUGUCGAUGAUUCUCUAUAUGAUACUAAUCUUUUAAUCGGAGCAGAUGGAGCUAACUCAUUUAUUAGGAAUGUUAUGGGAUCUGAUUAUAUUAACUGGAACUAUAAACAGUUUGGCAUUGUUGCAACAGUGCUUUUAUCUGAAAGUAAUGAGAACAAUACUGCUUGGCAGCGAUUUCUUCCUGAUGGUCCAAUUGCCAUUCUUCCUCUUGAGAAAGGUAUUAGCUCAUUGGUAUGGUCACUUACUGAAAGCAAGGCAAAACAAAUAUUGAAGUUGCCUGAAGAAGUGUUUGUGGAUGCCCUAAAUGAAGCUUUGCAUUCAGAACCUCAAAAAAAUGAGGUAGCUGCAAUUGUUAACAGCUGUUCUAAAUCCUUAUUAGGUGUAUUUGGCCCUAAAUCUUUUUCCCAACCCUUAAUUCCACCUCAUAUCAAAUCAGUUGUCCCAAAAAGUAUUGCUGCUUUUCCUCUUAGCUUUGGGCAUUGUAGUCAAUAUUAUAAGGAUGGAGUUGUGUUGAUUGGCGAUUCAGCCCAUAAAGUUCAUCCUUUGGCUGGACAAGGUGUCAACAUAGGCUUCAGGGAUAUUCAAAAUCUAGAAGCGAAAUUGAGUCAGGGUGUCAGUGAUGGGAGAGAACUAGGUGAUGCCAUGGACUUGAAACAUUAUGAGACAGAAGCUCAACGACAUAAUAUCCCACUCAUGGCAGCUAUAGAUGCUCUUCAUUGGAUUUAUACAUCAGAUAAUACUAUCUUAAAAGCUUUUGGUAAUGUGUGUUUCCAGUUUACAGAAUCUAUGAGACCUCUUAAAACUGUAAUGAAGCAGUUAGCAACUUGAUUUUUUUUAGGUUUUCUAAAUAAAUGAAUAAAAUAUAUAAUCCUAAUUAUAUAUCUAACUAUAUCUCCUAAAUAUAAAGAUAUGAAUGUUUAGGUAAUAUUUUUAGUUACAGUUGAUUUGUAAAUAAUUAAUUAUGUUUAUUUUUGUCCUAGAUAUUUUAUGAGAAUUCUGUAACAUUUUGGUAUUACUUAAUAUACCUCUAUAAGUUGUUACCAUUAGGAAUGUCUUAUCAAUAAAAAAU